AUGUCCGGACAAUUCAGCCAGCAUCAGUUGCGCGAUGGCGUCGUACUUCCCGCCGUACUCAACAAGGCGCCCGCAGGCACCAAAGCUCAUGUGAUCUGUCUGGGGUAUCUCCAGGCCGAUGCGGGAUGGUUCAAGCGAGGCGGCAACACGUCUUUAAUGAGCAACCCUUCCGGGCCGGAGAAGCCAGAACGCCGCGAUCUCAUCAUGUACUCGGUGCUCAUCGAACACCCUACCGAGGGCUUGAUCCUGUGGGAAACAGGCUGUGGCAAAGAUUAUCCCGAGGUAUGGGGUGCGCCUUUGAACGAUAUCUUUGCACGAUCGCGAUACGAGCCCGAGCACGAACUAGAAGCCGCCAUUGCAGCCACGGGCAACAACAUCAAGGACGUCAAACAAGUCGUCAUCGGCCAUCUUCAUCUCGACCAUGCUGGAGGGCUUGAGCACUUCCGCAAGACCGAUGUGCCCAUCUGGGUGCACGAGCGAGAGUUGAAAUCGGCCUUCUUUAGCUGUGCCACCGGCGCAGACCGAGGAGUCUACCUCCCGCACUAUCUGUCGUUGGACGAGCUCAACUGGAAGACGUUCGACGACAGGACCAUCGACUUUGCCCAGGGCAUCGUAUUGCACCAUCUGCCCGGUCAUACCGAUGGAUUGAUCGGCAUGCAGAUCAACCUCGAAAACGACGGAACGUUCUUGUUCGUCAGCGACCAUGCGCACAUCAUGGACAACUACAAGCCCGGAAUCCCUCAGGGUUGGCUGGCAAGAGACCAUCCGGCCUGGUUCAACUCUAAUCAGAGACUCCAGAGGCUCGAAAAGUCGACGGGUGGUCUGGUGGUGCCUGGACACGAUCUCGAGACCGUCACUCCGCUCCUGGGAAGAGUCCUCACCUAG